AUUUUUUCCUUUUUCUCCCCUUUAUGAUUGAAAAACAAAAAAUGUCAGCAAUUUCUUUGCUGGUUCACUAUUUUUAUUAUUUGAUUGGAUUUUCAGCAAUCAUCAUUCCAUUAUUAAUAUGGAUUUAUAUUGAAUAUAGAGAAUAUCAAGUAAAACAACAAUGUAAACGACAAAAUCUUCCGUAUGUACGAAUACCGGCAUGGAAUUUUGCCGUAUUAUUUGGUUAUGGUAGACGUUUUGAUUUGUUUACAACCAAAGCCUUCAAUGAACAUGGUAAAAUAUUUGGUUUUAAUAUGUGGAAUCGUAUGACAAUUUCAAUUGCCGAUCCGGAAUUAGUACAGAUUGUUUGUAAUCGUGAAUUUACUAAAUUUCCAAAUCGUCGUAACAUGGUCACUCAUGAUCCAAUUUGGGAUAAUUUUCUAUUCGUAUUGAAUGAUGAAGAUUGGAAACGUUUACGAUGGACCAAGAAAAUUUUAUGUUCAAAAACUAAAUUAGAUUUUUAUGUUAAUUUUGAUACAUUAGUACCAAAAGAUAUUAUUAUGAAAGUUGAAAAACGUUAA